AUGCGUCUGUCGAGUCGCUCAAAGAGUCAAGCUAGUAGGAAUAAGCUCUGGUCUUCGUCUUCCAACAUCCUCUUCCUCUUGCCAAUCGUCUUCCUCCCGCCAAUCCUCUCCACCCCGCCUCCCCCCCUCUGCUUCUUUGGCCCCCGACCUCUUGCCCAAUCCCUCCCCUGCUAA